CUUGCAAACGUACAUUCCUAAAUCAGUAUUAAGUUACAGCUAAGUACUGUUACUUGCCUUACUACUUGCAUAAUCAUCUAGAACAUGGCUGUGCUCGGGGUCAUGGUAGUGUUGUACUACGGGAAUGUGAUGACACAAGCACUAUAAUAUGGGUAAUAUCCAUUUCAGCCGCCGUACUCACAAAUGCUUAUUAACUGCGCUUCAUGCUGUGUAUAUCUGUUUUGCCUAAUUGUGUCGUUUCCGCUACCAGUGGUUGAUAGCCGUCGCCGAAACCAUCGAGUUUUGGUGUGUCAAGAAGUGGAACUUCCUAGUCUACCAGUAUUUUAUCCCAUAGCCGAUGAUGGCAAUUUAGCGUUUUAUCGUCUACCGGGCUCGGAGCCAGUUCCGAAUGUCCCCGUCUGCCGCGAUCCGCUGCCUGAUAUAAGAAUUCUGUUUACUAUUCCCGCUAUAAACUAUUCUACUAUCUUGACACUCCCUACACGACGCCCGCCACUCACGACGACACCAAUCAGCGCAUUCGUCCCAUCCCAUGGUCACAUGGGCAGUGCGUAUUAUCCCAUGGUAAACCCGAAUAAUCGCCCUGUCAACGGUCUGAACAAUCUGAACAGUCUACCGUUCCUGGGUAAUCUCAUUAAUCUGAGUCUCGACACUGUUAACGACACACACAACGCCGUGGCAUCUCUGUCGGGGAAUUUUAAGAUUUCAGUUGUACAAUCAAACAAUCAUUAUCCCGGGGGCAAUCUGACAGCGGAUGUGGGUUUCAACAUUAGCCAAAAUUUUCACCUUCAACCCAGGGUUCCAUCGGUCGCUGCGACCGCUGCCGGCAGCAAUGGAUCUGCGGCCACAAGUAAUGAUCCAAAUCAGAAUUCUUCGCAGCCAGCUGCGGCCAGUGUCCCAACUCGCCCGGUUACCGAUUCACCCAGCCAAGCGGUUGAUUCCACGACGACACUUAGCAAUGCGCCAACGGAGAUUUUUUGGACUUGGCGACCGAAUUGGGACUCGUCACCCUUGACACAAUCAACGCUGUCGCCUCCAUAUAAUGCGCCGAUUACCGUUGCACCCGUAAUAAAUCCAGUAGAUACAAGCACUACUACAGGCGCGUCCGAUUGGUUUGUGAAACCAUUCACCUGGAACACGGAGACAAUUCCAAACCCGGCCGCGUCAACAACAAAGCCAUCAACAGACACACCAAAGCCGACACCGAUAAAGCGCUGCCCGGAGCCUACAUCCGAUAUGAGCCUUUUAUCUGGUCCUGUACAGAACGGUAUCGUCUGCGGAUACUUCCUCGAUGUGGCCAAUGAAACUGUGAAGAACUUCUGCGAUGACGUUACGCAUAAAUGGGAUCAGUACCACGCCACGGUGCCCUUCAUGCGCACUUGUUGUGCUGCAUGGAUUUUGAUUCUGAAGUGCGAUACAAUCAGUCGGCCCUAUCAGUUCAGUACGUCGGAACCGUUUACGGAUUUCUUCACAUGGAACCCUGUAACUCCGGUGCCGGCGACUGGGCAGACGGAGGACUGGAACAACGGGCUGCUGAAUGAAGAUUAUCUUCUUCACAUCAGGGACAUGGAUUUUGUUGCACCCUCUCUGCCACCGAAUGUAGUGCAAUUAUUUGGCAGCGAAUCGGCACUUGCGAACCCGUCUGCUGUGGCGGGCACCGGCAUGGAUGAGAAUGUCGCGGAUGAAAUAACUGCAUCACGUCCAGCCUUAUACGGAAACAACGAUGUCAACGCAGUCCAUAAUAACCGCUGGCCGGUUUACAGUAGCAAUACUGAUGAAAAUUCACCAGGUUCUGUUGUAAAUUAUGACGGCAGCGGCAAUUCCGUGUACAGUGGCAGUUAUGACCAUAACUUUCGACUACGACCGGGGAACCCUUCCUUAUAUCGGCCACCGUAUGCGGCGUCGGUAUGGAGAAAUCCCGUAAACUUAUGGUAUGCCAAUUCUCGGUGGGACAAACCGCUGAUGUAGCCCAACUAGAAACUCUUUGUGGCUGUUCCUGACAACCGAGUUUGGCGCCGGUGGAAGUUUGUCAAAUUUAUGUCAAGUUGCGGGAAGGGAUAUGGUCCUUGAUGCACGGAGCGUUAUUGAUGUUGGAUCCAGCUCAAAAGGACAGUCACCGGACAGGAGCAGCUAUAAAUAUUACGGCUUUGCGAUGUUGACGGAAAAUCUUUCGAACUGGUCGUUUGAAGGAUUUGAUUUGCUGAGCCGUCUAUAGGGGUCAUACACUGUCAAAUGUGUGCUAGUACCUUAAUUUUCCAUGAUCUCUCUUUUUAUAUUUCGCAAUUAGCGAGCUUGGUUUUUUAAGCUUUUAUAUUUUUAUACGGCGCCAUACGUUUUGCUGUGCAUCGAACAGGAAAUUUGUACUUGUACAAUACAAUAAACAUGUAGAUAAACGA